AUGACCCUUUCCAACGAUUUAAUUAUACAAUAUAAGUCCCUUGACUACACUAUAACCAACAAAGCAACACCUUCCCUAAAGACACUAAGGGCCUCUGCCAGCAUUACACCCAGCCCUCUUUCCAUUAAAGACCAGACUCCAAAGACGAGGCCACGCACUGAGAGCAAGAUAGAUGCUAAGAAGGUGGCCUUGAUGAAGAAGAAAUUAAAAGGCCUGCCUGCUAUUCCAAGGCACUUGCAAAAUCUUGCGCAACAAGACAGCCUGGUCCAGCUGAUGAAGGAUAUAUCUAUUUCCGACCUUGUGCGACUCAGUAAGCAAGUAGGAGUCACGCUAUCCCCGGAAGCACGCGAACAGAAGACUCAUCGCCCUGGUUUCGAGGACUGGUUGGUAACCGAGACCCCUUAG